UUGUGACAUUUGUCUAUGUCACAAAGCUUGGGAAUUGUAAGCUGAGACAAAAUAUACAGGAAUUAAUUCAUUAUUUCAAUAUUUUAUGCGUUUUUAUUACAAUUCAUAAUUAAUUAACUUAUAAAACAUGGGGGAUAAAAAAUAUAAGCAAAGUAAAGCUGAUAUCGCAAAGCAGUUUGAUCUACCUGAACGGCAGUCAAAGAUCACCACGUUGUUAAAUCAAGCUGGACAAGCUUAUUGCAUAUGCCGAUCUUCUGAUAGUUCGCGUUUUAUGAUAGCUUGUGAUGCAUGUGAAGAAUGGUAUCACGGUGACUGCAUCAAUAUAUCUGAGAGAGAAGCUAAAUACAUAAAAAAUUACUUCUGUGAGCGCUGCCGAGAAGAGGAUCCCAGCUUAAAGACCCGUUUCCGACCACAGAAAAGGGAAAAUGAUGGCGAUUCAGGUAGAGAUGACAGAAAAAAGAAGCGAAAAGAGAAAGAUUAUUCCGAGAACAAAUCAUCAAAGAGACCUAAUGUUAAAGACGGCUGCGGAGACUGUCCAGGAUGCUUGCAGCUGCAUGAUUGUGGGCAUUGUGAAGCAUGUGAGGACAUGUACAGAUAUGGUGGUAGUAAUAAGAUGAAAUUAAAAUGUAAGAGGAGACUGUGCACUUCAAAAACGUCAUCGAGUAAGAAGACAAUGAGACAGUCCAGCAGCAACCGUAUAAAGAAGAAGCACCACGAGCGCGAGCAGCACGAGCCGGAAGAGUCCAUCGCUCACCUGCAGACCUCCGAGCCGCGCCAGUGCUACGGGCCGCAGUGCACGCGCGCCGCGCUCUACGGCUCCAAGUACUGCUCCACGCAGUGUGGCAUGCGUCUCGCUACUUCCAGGAUAUAUCAGGUGUUGCCGCAACGUAUCCAGGAGUGGUCAUUGUCGCCGUGCGUGGCGGAGCAGCGCAACCGCAAGGCGCUGGAGGUGGUGCGCAGCGGGCUGGCGCGUGCGCAGACGGCGCUGCGCGCGCUGGACCGCCAGCACGCACACAUCGACGCGCUCGUCGCGCGCGCGCACACCGCCACCAUACUGCACACCGACGACAAGGAAGCGGAUGAUGAAACAUCAAUGUACUGCAUAACGUGCGGACACGAGAUCCACUCGCGCACGGCGGUCAAGCACAUGGAGAAGUGUUUCAUAAAGUACGAGGCGCAGGCGUCGUUCGGCAGCAGGCAUCGCACGCGCAUCGACGGACAGAGCAUGUUCUGCGACUACUAUAAUCCGGUCAACGGGACUUAUUGCAAGCGGCUUAGGGUGAUGUGUCCAGAGCAUUUCAAAGAUCCCAAAGUGAGCGACACGGACGUAUGCGGAUGUCCGUUAGUGCGUAACGUGUUCGAGGCGACGGGCGAGUUCUGCCGCGCGCCGAAGAAGUCCUGUCUCCGCCACUACCAGUGGGAGAAGCUGCGCCGAGCCGAGAUCGACAUGGAAAGGGUGCGACAGUGGCUGAAAUUAGAUGAGCUGGUUGAACAGGAGAGGAGCAUACGACUCGCUAUGGCGUCUAGGGCUGGUGUUCUCGGCCUUAUGCUGCACUCUACAUACAACCACGAAGUAAUGGAGCGCAUCACAACCAAAGUGAAUGAAAACGGAAAACUCAAGGAGGGCUCCUGACAUAAAAAGUCUCGUCGAAUAGACGACAGCGACGGAAACACACCGCCCACAGAAGUUAUCGAUUUGGUGACGGAUUCACAAUGAACAGUGACAACCCUAAUUUCAGACUAACAGUCGUUUUCAAUAAACGAUCUCAAUCUUCAAUCCGAUUUCGAGAAUGAACCAAUCAAAACAAUUCAUUUUUAAGCAUAUGCAUGAGAACUUUGUUCUGAUUGGUCCAUUUGAAAAGACCGAAAAUAGCGAUUGGAUAAUUUAUUAAAGAUGACGGUAUAUCUCACUUAUAAAGACUAAUCCUCUAUAACCGUUUCAAACCAAUGUUUUGUUUCUUUCAUCCCUAUGCCAUAUAAAGGAAGGGAAAAAAGUAAUGUAAUUUUUUUAACGCUUUUGUGUGGACCUAUUAAUUACAUGAAAUACAAUAGCUAUUGAUUGCAAAAUAUUCUUAAGGCUUCCUAAUAUGGCAAACAUUAUUAUGUGAGAAGGAAACAAAAUAAUGGUUAUAAAAAGAUAUAAGUAUAAUAAUUAUAAAGAUAUAAAAAUUGUAUCUAUUUUGUAUUAGAACUGCAGUGUUUUCUUCCAAUUCUUCACAAGUGAAAAUAAAUUAUGUGCUGUUUCUUCGUGUCUUGUUGAAAGUUUUGCAUUUUGUGAAAUAUGUAAAUAAUGUCCCUAUGUUGCAAUAAAGCGAUUAUAUAAAAUAUUUAAA